GAACAUAUACACUCAUUUUCAUCUUUUGUUUCAGGCACAGAAUACCUACAUCGGCUGAAGAUGGCCACUACUUGUCUAAUAUGCAAGCACCCUUUGGGUUCGAGGCUGAACAUCUUCAAGACCCGCACCAACUUUUCCAAGACAUUGGUGUCUUCCAAGCUAUCUAAGUUGGUCCAGGCCAAUUUUAGACAGGAGGCGAUGGAGGACACCCAGGACAUCUGUGUCAGCUGCUCAGCUCUGAUCAACCAGGUGGAUGAGUGCGAGAUCAAACUGAUGGCUCUGGAGAACGAGGUGAAGCUCAAGUACAAGAUGCCGUUCCCGAUCGAGGUCCACAGCCGGCGCUCGGAGGCUCCGAUCCCUCCCCCGGCUCCUCCCGCGCCUCCCCCCGGCCCGGCGGCGGCGGCGGGGGAGGCGGCACCGGUGGAGUCUCCGCCGGCGGCGGCGCCGGCCGGCGGACAGGCGGCGCAGCACGAGCCGGCUGCCGGGGCCGAGCAGGAGUUCAGCUUUAUCAGCAUCGACGAGUCGGCACUGGACAACCCGACCAUCGUACUCGAGGCCGGCGACGUGGGCGUGGAUGGACACAACGUGGUGGUCUACAGGGAGCCGUAUGGGUCGCACCAAACGCUCAGUUACGACCCCUCCAUGUCAUACCUGGCUCAGCUGGAGGCCUCGCAAAUACGCGGAGAUGACGUCACGGACACCGCGGCAGAUCAAAUGGACCUAGAGGCCGCCUCUGCGGAGCGGCGGCGGCGGCCGGCCGGCGGAGGGAGGCGGCGCCGGGGCAGCGGACCGCUGGCCACCGACGGCUCCGGUGUCUACUUCUGCGACCUCUGCGACGAGACGUUCGCCAGUCAGGACGGCCUGCGCGCUCACAAGGUAUCGCACGCCAGUGACCGCAGCUUCCCCUGCCGGUUUUGUCACCGGAUUUUUGCUACAAAUAUGGCGCUCCACCAUCACUGGAACGAGGAACAUCCUAUGAAGUUACAGCCGUGUCCGUACUGCGACAAACGGUUCAUCAACAAAUCGAACCUGAACCAGCACAUCAACACGCACCAGGCGCCCCGGUUCAGCUGUGAAGUAGCGGAAUGUAGCCGCCAGUUCCACACGCGAGGCGACCUGCGCAAACACAUGGUGUUCAAACACUCCACGGAGAAAAACUUUCCCUGCCCGGACUGCGAGCUGAGCUUCAAGGUCAAUUGGCUUCUGACGCGACACAAGGUGCGGGUGCACUCGCAGGUCUGAGACAGUCUCCCCCCUCCCCCCCCCCGGACUGGGGUACAGUGAGUGUUCAAAUACCGCAUUUGUGAUUUAGGGGGGAUGUUGUGAUUUAAUACCGUGUUAGGUUGACUGAAGGUACAGGCUCGUGUUGCCAUGACGACGAACUAGUGAGUGAGUGAAUACCAGCUGAGUGAGAGUUGCCGUGCGUCGGCGGAACAAUGGUUGCCAUGGAGAUCACAAUCGACUCCGAAGGUGCGUUGCCAUGCCAACCAGAGCGCGGGAGCUUUUUGAUCUGGGAGAGGCGCUGUGAAGCCACGUGUUACGAGACACGUGUUUGUACCACGUGGACUGCGAAUCACACGCGGCACGUACGGGGAAGGGACCACGGGGGUGGGCAAGUCUAGAGACCCGAUCCACACAUUUCUGUCUAGUUUUGUAGCCUUUAGUUAAAUAGUACAUGCUAGCCUAGUGAGGUAAAAGGUAGUGGAUAUUAUGAACGCCGCUGCGUACUGGGCGUUUCCUACCAAAGCACCUAUCGUACCACUGCGGUAACUGAGGUGAGACAGAGCGCCCCUGCACGCAAUGAGAAUUCCGUGAGUGUCUCGACUUCAUACAGCCUAGAAUUGGACCCCAGUGGGUCUGUACAAAACAGUAUAUAGGGACAUCAGGUAGGGCUUGUAGCUAGACGUGUAUGCAGGUGAUUUGAGCAUGCGGCGAACUCUUGAAUAGUGAUUCGUGGAUGCGUGAAUAUGUUGAAUCGAUCUGUCGCUUGUUUUAUCAUUAAGUGAUUUAUACUUUUCACCAUGUCCAACCACCACACUCAGCGCUAAAUGAAAUGUUCAUUUUCAUCUGGUCAUUUGAAAAUAUUUUCGAACAAACUU